CUUAUGUAUAUAAAACCGACAGCAUUUUAUCAGACCGGAACCGACGAUAUCAACAACACACCGAGGCCAAGAUUUGCAUUAACAGCUUUAUUUUACUGCAAUGGCGUUGAACCAGGACGCUUCACUAAAAAUAAAACUUAUUCAGCUUCAGUGCCACUUCACCUGGGGUCUCAGGAAAGAGGACACUGAUCUCAGUGACUUGCAAAAUAGACUUGAGAAUGAUAUCAAUUUCAGUUCAGCUGAUCAAGCUGGGGCCAAACACUUAUUCAGCUUUUUGGCUUUUGUGAAAUAUUUGCAAGACCAGCCAAAAGAAGCACUCACUAACUUGACGAAGGCUGAAGACCACAUUCGUAAACACAAUGAAGAAUGUGAGAAGAUGCUCAUUGUAACAUAUGGAGACUUUGCAUGGCUGUACUACCACUUGAACGACCAUGUAAAAUCCAUGCAUUAUCUGGAGAAGCUGGAAGAUAUAAAGCAGCGAUUUCCAACACAGUCUCCUACUGCUUUUCAUGCGGAAGUCUAUGGAGAGAUGGGAUGGACCUUCCUCAUGUAUUCUAGGAAAUACCACGAGAAAGCGAAAGAGUGCUUUGAGAAAGCCCUGAUAGAGCAUCCAGACAAUCCUGACUGGAACUGUGGCUAUGCUACAGCGCUGUGCCGGGUUGAAUAUGGGAGCAACACAACUGAAGAUUCACCAGCUGGUAAACAGCUAAGGCGCGCAUUAGAGCUGAGCCCUGGGGAUCCUUAUAUCAUGGCGCUUUUGGGUCUAAAACUAGCUGAUCAUGGCCGAUUGAAUGAGGCAGAGGAACUGAUUGAAAGAGCUCUCAUGAUUUCACCAGACAACCCUCACGUCAUGCGGUAUGUUGCAAAGUUUUUCAGACAACUUGGAUCUAUGGAUAAGGCCAUAGACCUUUUUAACCGCACCCUGGAAAAAACACCCAAUUCAGCCUUUCUUCACCAUCAAAUUGCAGUCUGCUAUAGGAAUAAAAGAUUAAACUUGCGCAGAAAUGGAGGGAAAAACACCAACAGAGAAGAGGCUGAACACCUUCUCCUACUUGCCAUGCAUCAUUUUCAGAAGGCCAUUGAGUUGAAGCCCUCCUUCAUUUAUGCCAUGAUAGAUCUAGCUCUUUUACAUACAAAGAUGGGAAACCUCACCAAAGCAGAGGAGCUGUUUCAGGAAGCAUUUCAGGUGGCCAGAGCGAAAAAUGACAACCUGCAAAAUGUCCAUCAAUGUUAUGGUGACUUCCAGCUGUAUCACAAGAGAUCAGAGUCUCUGGCCAUAGAGCAUUACAUGAAAGGGUGUCAAAUUCAGAAAGAUAGCAAAGUGGGUGAGAAGUGUGUUCAGAAAUUGAAAAAGAUAGCAAAGAAGCGUACUGACAGGAAUCCGAGUGAUGGGGAAGCUUUUGGGAUUCUGGGAUAUGUUAAUCAGCUAAGGGGUGACAAGCUCCAAGCCAUAGAGUGCUAUGAGAAAGCUCUUUUAUAUAACCCAGGAAACGAUGAGUUUCUCACAGCCCUCUGUGACCUUCGGCUUUCUCUGCACUAGUCGCUGGCUAUGUUUACCACUACCUGUGCUCACUCUCUGUAACUCUUUGCACAAGACCUCCAUACUAGGCACCAUUAUGGAUUCUCUCCUCAUUCGCAUAUCUCACAUAACACUUAAGCUCAUCAGAAGCAUCAGUAAACGAGGCUUGGGCUGGAUGCCUGAUGCGUUGCCACCAGAGAAUGUUCCAAGUUUGACAUCACAGGCCUAGAAGAAGCCGACCUCAUCAAAUGAAGCCUCAUAUUAGUCACACAGCCAGUCUUGGGCUCUGCCCUCCAAGCUAAGACUGUAAGUCCGCAAAAAGUUUUUACACAGCAGUGAACAUGAGUGACAAUUUACAAAAUUUGAAAUGCAAAAGAGCCUCACUUGGAGCCGAAGGUCAAAAAGACGAUCGCUGAAACCUGAAGGUGCUCCAGACCUGGGAAACGGCAAACCUGCAUAAUUCCUGAAAUCAAUGCAAUAGUGAACACAAUUGGAUGCUGGGAUACAUCUAUCACGUAAAAACUAUGAAAGGUCCAAUUGAACAAUGCUAAGCAAUGGCUCUGUUACAUGAUCAUGCAAAUGGUUACCUGGGAAGCUGGUGUGAUCUUAUAAUUUGAAUAGCUUAUAUUUAAAAUGCUUAACAUUGUGUAAUCAUUAUCUUAAUUUUUAUCAUUCAGUACAUUAAUGCUUAUUUGAUUUCUUGAGUUUUAUUUAUGUGUUACAGGUAUAUAACAUGCAUUAUCUUUGCAACUAUUUUGAUUGUACAGAAACCAUCAGUCUCAAAGUUUCAUAUCAUAAUCUAUUCUAAACCAAUCAGUAGCUAUUCUGGAAAAGGAUUUUUUCAUCAUACACACAAAAAAAACGGGGAAAAAAUCCACACCAAAUUGAGGGGAAACACACUGUAAAAAAAAAAUCAUAUUCAUAGCAAAUUCUGAUGAUUUUGCCCAUUUCGCGCUCUCUGAGAUCUGGAGUUAUUUUUUUUAAUGGAUAUAACUCACUUUGGAAAUUAACUCUUCUUAUGUAACUGAAUAUUUGUUAGGGGGCAGAAAAGAGCGAGUGAAAAAAUCGCAAUGCCCUUGGUUGUGUGGUAAGAUUAGCGUUA